AUGUAUGCCAUGUCAGCAACAGUUGGUGGGAGAUGGCGCAAUGAGCAUCUGAUCCUUGAUUCGGUGACACAGAAGCAGGACAACUUAACCCCGCAACUUCUCCUCACCAUUAUUCUGCUUCUUACCUUUUCAUCAUAUGUAUUCCAGAGAGAGAAAAAUGACGAAGAUCAGCUUCAUUCCGACGAGUUCGAAUGA